AUGGCUUUUACUGAUAGACCUACUUAUUCAAUUAAAGAUUAUCUUUGGUAUACACCAACAACAGCUGGUAGUAGUGCUUCUAAUCCUCAAAAUUCAUCUAUUCCUAGUCAAUGGUGGAAAAUAAAUGAUCAUGAUAUAAUAUUCUGGUGUGGUAAUAUGAAUUAUCGAAUCUCUCAACCUAAUGAACAAGUUCGUAAUGCAAUAAAUGAAUUCUCAACUGUUGCUCUACAAGAAAAAGAUCAAUUACGUUGUGAAAUGAAAUUAGAUCAUGUUUUUACUGGUUAUUACGAGCCACCUAUUAAUUUUCUACCAACAUAUAAAUUUGAUAUAAAUACGGAUAAUUAUGAUACAAGUGAAAAAAUACGUACAACAUCAUGGACUGAUCGUAUAUUAUAUCGUUCAAAACGUUUAAAAGUUCUUAAUGAUAAUCAAAAUGAAUUAAAAACAAUUCAAACAAUACACUAUUCAUGUGCAACAAAUAUUAAAUUUAGUGAUCAUCGUCCAGUUAGUGGUUUAUAUUUAGUUAUUAUUAAAUAUGAAUGCGAUGAAAAACGUUCAAAUCGUAUUCGUGAAGAAUUAAUACAUGAAUUUGAUCGCAUAGAAAAUGAAUCAAUACCAACAAUUGAAGUGCAUCCACGACCUCCACAAAUUAUAUUUAAUCAUAUACGUUAUUUAGAUAAACCAAAUUAUUCAUUAACUAUUAAAAAUAUUGAACAUAUUGUAAAAAUGAUUAAUGAUCCACCAAUAAUUUUUAUUGCAUUAAUUGAUUGUUUAAGAGAAUGUAAUAAUGUUGAUUUAUUGUAUAUAUUUAAUAAUGAAAUACAAGAUUCACUUGAUUUGAUACCAAUACAUAAUCAAAUCUAUGAAAAUAAUUAUAAUUUUACAAAUUAUUCAACAGCAGAAAUUUUUACAAUACUUUUACAUUCAUUACCACAACCAAUAAUAUCAUAUAAAAUGCAAGAUAAAAUACGUAUUUGUAAAUACAAAAGAAAAUUUAUCAAGACAAGAUGA